UUCUUGCAAGUAGCCUUAGCAAUAGUAGUUACAACUGCGUGGUGAUCCUCUGGAGGAGAAAUUUGGAAUUAUUAUUUAAUAGAAGGCCUUUGCAUCAGAAUUGGAAUAGUGCUGCUGCUGUCUAAUCCCUGUCUCCUUCUGUAAGGUAUAACACCUUCCUUUUUUCUGUAGCUUAUGUGAUUCUGAUCUUUGGAGUCCAAUAUUUAAUGAAGGACAGGAGAGGCUACAAUCUGCGCAUGCCACUGGCCCUCUGGUCCCUGGGGCUGGCCUUAUUCAGCGCCAUUGGGGCCCAUCGCACCUGGAAGCACAUGGUCUUCAUGCUGACUACUAUGGGAUUUAAACAGUCAGUGUGCAAUCAACUCUUUUAUGUUGACCCCAUCUGCAAGCUAUGGGUCUAUUUAUUUAUACUGAGCAAAGUCCUGGAACUGGGUGACACCGUGUUCAUUGUUCUCCGGAAACAGAAGCUCAUAUUCCUCCACUGGUACCACCACAUUCUCACGCUCAUCUAUUCCUGGUACUGCUACAAGGAGAUGUUGUCAGGUGGCAGCUGGUUCAUCACCCUAAACCUCACUAUCCAUACUGUCAUGUACUCCUACUACACCGUGCGAGCAGCAGGCUUCCGGUUACCCCGCUGGAUUGCCAUGGCAAUCACCUUUUCACAGAUUCUGCAGAUGGCAAUAGGUGUAAUAUUGUCCAUCUUGCUCAUCUUCUGGAAGGAGGAUGAGGUCUGCCUUUGCAGUUGGCCUAGCAUUUCCUUUUCAUUGCUAAUGUACCUUAGUUAUUUGGUGCUCUUCUGUAACUACUUCUCCAAGUCUUACCUAAUGAGCACUCAGAAAUUGAAGGGAGAAUAAAACUGGGGAGGGAGGAGGUGGAGGCUGGGAGGCAGGUGAGGGAAAGGGGAACUAUUCAUUUCUGGGUUGAGCUCAGGUACCCAAUGGGAUGGGGGGUGGUGAAGGUCCCUGUGGAUGAAAGCCUUCAGGUUAACUCGUGCAUUGGCCUUUGGCAUGUUGCCCUCCCAAUGGGGACUUGCCAAAGUGAGGCAUAGGUUGCCAUGUGCAAUGCAAGGAAGAGGGAGGCAGAACUGGAGACUCCUUUGGUCCAGCUCCUGGCCCAUAUGAUGCUGCCUAGUUUUGGGCUCACUCUGUCAAAGUAGAGAGGGAAGGAACCAUGCUCUAGCUCAUCUGCUGUUCUUGGUUCUGCUGGCGAUGAAGACCCCUCUCUGCUAAUACAAGGAAAGCAAUGAGUGGCUGCAAGUCUUCUCUCCACAACUGUUUGCAGAGCACAGAAUGUACAGCUGAGAAGUAACACAGACCUCUGAGCUGAGCCCAGGCAUUUAGCCUUACCCAAUCUGCCAUAAAUGCUUGGCAUGCUGACACAGGUUCAAACAUCACCUCCCAUAAGGCUACACCUAGAGUCACACAAUGAAUCACUUGGAUGUUAGUGGUUAUUACCAUGAGAGUGCUGAGCAGGCUGACUGGGACAGCUGCUGCCUGGGCUCUGAGUAAGACCAGGUGUUGCUGCGGGCCCUGCCAAGGGACAGACCCAUGGGUGGGAGGCAGAAGGGUCUGAGAACUCCUCUCUGGGUGCAUUGGAAAUGGCAAUGGUGAUGCCUGAAA